AUGGAUGGACUUUCCUCAGAUUCAAUCGAGAUUUUUCGUAAACUUCGAAACGCAGUAUUUUCGGAAACAAUAUUUUAUCUUACGAAAAUCAAAAACGAUCCGGAGCCUUGCUUGCGUCUCGGAAAAUUGAUUUUAAUGUUAUCACAUUUGCAUAAAGCCUUUGUGAAAUAUCAACAAGAGUUGGAACUCUGCGGUUUUCUGGAAUUAUUCGAAAGCGAAUUGGACGGAGAAAUGUACACAGUACUUCACGAGGCUCUUUCAUUGUAA